CGUAACGACCAACAAUAUCGACCUUCAACUUCGGGUGUCUCUCACUGCACCGGAGGUCGACCUUCCUGAGCUCCUUCCUUUCGCCCAGGCUCGAUGAAUCGUCAUCGCCUCUCCACCUUCACCCUCCCUUCGGAUGUCCCCGUGUUCUGGCAGUCUGUCGAGGACACAUGUUUAUCCUUCACGGUCAAGCACGUGGACGUGCCGAUCCUGAGCGCGUUGUCGUGGGGCCGGUGGUGGCAGUGGCAAGCUUACGUGGCGCUCAGCUUCUGCCUUCUCGACGUCGCGUUCCAUUGGCCCGAGCCGGCAGAUCGGGCUGUGGAGAGCGAGGUUCCAGAUGAUGAGGUAGAGCUGCUGCUCGCUCAAGCGUGGAGAAUAGGUAUGGAGGGAGAUUUUCUGAGAAUUAUAUUUGGGGAAGUGCGCGACGACAAUGUGAGCGCCCUCACAAACGAGUUGCUGGUAUUCCUGUUCCAAGUGUUGGACGAUCUGCCGCUAGAGAUCCUGUCACGCUACGACGAAAGGCCAGGAAUGGAGACGCUUACCCGCUCCUUGGAGCUGCGCCUCCUGUGGUCCACGUGUACGGAGCUAGACGAGGGGAGCUACUAUUUACCGUCGAGGGGCAUGUUUUUGACAGUUGACGUCACCGAUCUGUCCACAUGGGACCCGCUCUUCCGACGCUCUCCUGAAGGACAGACGAGUGAGGAGGUAGAGGAAGAGGAGGAAGAAGAAUCCGAAGAGUCGGCGGAAGAGGAGGAGCAGAACGACGAUCCUGACUACCGAGAGUCCGACGACGAGGUGUUGGGAGAGGUUGGAUCAGGGGAGGACAAUGAGGAACAGGAGGACGACUCGGAGGAAGAAGCCACGUCGACUGAUUCAAGUGAAGCAACCGAGCUGACGGGGGAGGAGCAGGAAGCUGAGGACCAGAAGCGGCGGGAAAAGGCGGAAGGCAAACCUCCGGUCGAGGACUUAGGACCGCCACCGCAACUGCUGCAGGGAAAUCCUGCACUCAAUCCGGAGCCUCUGCAGGAAGAACACAAGAGAGAUGGAGCCGCCAGAGCUGGACCCUCAACAAGCCGCCACCACCGAAGAAGUGGAUCCCCCUCUCAAUCCUCCUCACCCUUCUGUGCCGCCCUUCGUUUACGUCGAAAUGCGGGCGAUCGGGCUUCGUCCCCGGUCGUUAUCUUGUCGGCCCCAUGACUUCCUCACCAUCCAGCAGCUUGUAGGCCGACUCUCAUUCCCCAACAGCCGGCAUCCAUUCCCUC